UGCCUACGCCCCUCUUUUCCUCUGUAGACUCCUGGCAAUCAGCCCAACUCGCCACAUCUGUGCUUCCCCUCUGCCUCCCUUUAAAGACUCCUGUCUCCGGUCAUUAUCAUCUCAUCGCACCACGUGUCACGCUGGUGAUGUCAGGUUGGAUCCCGCUUUGAACUACUAAUGGACUCUGUUGCCGGUCAGUCACGUGUUGCUAGGCAUUUAGGAGGUGCAAAGGCACAUAUCUUGUGUUUCACGUUUUGCAUUAGCCUUCAUUAUUCAUGCCAUGCUUUCGUUCUGUUGUUCAUGCCAUGCCUUAAUCCCGUGUCCUUGCCAUGUUACUAGCCCGCUGUUUAAUUUUGCCGUUGCCUUAGCCACGUUGGGAGUUUUGCAAGAGCUCCAUGUGUUCACAAAUAAACUGUCUCAUGGAUUCCUGGCCCGCACUGCGGUCUUACUCGGUCCGAACAGACUUUCACAGCCCCGAUCCGCCAUCUUAGGUGGCGGAUCGUGACACUUUUGGUCAUUUUUGUGUCUGUUCAAUCCCACAAGCGUGUGAUUGUGUGGCUUUUAAAAACCCCCUUAAUAGAUAAGUGGCUAAAAAUUGAACCUAUAUUGUAAUAUAACAUCAUCUGCUUGAUGCAGACAAAUCAACCUUUGUCACAUUCCUGAUUUGCAUAUUAAAAUACUCUGUCAUUGUCUUGGAUAAGUGGAUAUAUAGACGGCACGUCUACUUCAGAGCAAACUUUGUUCACAAACAAUUGUUUACUGAAGCGCUGACUUGGUUUGAAUCAAGUAAUUCCAGAAACAUUCAACAUCUGGAUCUAAACCAGUGAGUAUACUUUUUGAAAUGACUCCAAUGGAAAUCUGCACUUUGACAGAGGAAAGCAGGAGCUCAGAUCCCACCUGAAGCAGAGUGGUUCCUAGUGAUGGUAAUGGUAAACUCUUGGUUGUUGCGUGGUCUGAACACUUUUAUUUACAGUUAGUGUGUGUUGUGUUUCUUUCUGCUUUCAGUGCAUUCACUCAUGAAUUACAAAUUGCUUGUGGCGUUCGUCUGUUUUGGAUUUGGCCACCUUUCCUGCUCUCAUGCUUAUUUUUUUGAGUAUCAGUUCAUCAACCAGUCAUUGAACUGGUCACAGGCUCAGCAGUACUGUAGAGUGCACUACACUGACCUGGCAACCAUUGAGAGCAUGGAGGAUGUGAACAGGCUCAUCAGACCUAAUGCCUCCACCUCACUGGCGUGGAUUGGUCUGAAUGAUGAUCCGUUAUGCUGGCAAGUAGCCUUGGGCACUGAUGUGAACUCCUGGAGAUGGUCAGCAACCGGGAAACCCAGUGCAACUGGUUACCGGAAAUGGCAGUACAACCAACCAAAUAACUCUCAUGGAAAUCAGUUCUAUGCCACCAUGAACGUGGAUGGAACCUGGAACGAUCAAAGUAGUGAUAAUAAUGCAUCAUUUGUUUGUUACACAAUGAAUUAUUCCACAGGCCAGAGCACAUAUACUGUGAUUAACGAUACAAAAAUGUGGAAUAAUGCCCUGACGUACUGCAGGACAUACCACACAGACCUGGCUAUGAUUGAGAAUUCUCAGCAAAACUCAAUCAUUUCAUCACUGAAGGCAGGGCAAAGUGUAUGGUUUGGCCUGUACCGAGUAGCAUGGAAGUGGUCUGACAGGAGCAGCAGCUCCUUCAGAAACUGGCAGACAGGCUUCCCUAAUAACGCAGACACCGUCAGCUUCUGCGCAGCUGAGACUCCAGAUCACUUUUGGAAGGACCAGAACUGUAGCAACACAUAUCCGUUUUGGUGUCAUAGAGCUCUGACUCUGUCCAUGACCACGGUGAGAAUGAAGAUUCAGACUGAUGCUGACCUUUCAGACCCAGCUACUACUGAUCAGCUGCUACAACAGAUUGGUCUACUGCUACAAAAUGCAUUAGCUGGUACCAUUAAAAUGGGGUGGAAGAUUCAGCCCCAGAAACUGGAGGAACCAUCCACUGGCAGAGUUUGUGGAUCAUAUGUCUGCAAUUAGCGAAGCUCAUUGAAUUACAUCAACGUAGAAGUAAACAUAGUAAAAACAGUCUGUCAAUGGAAAAAAAUCUAAUUAUGAAACCAAUAAAAAAAAAGUUGUUUGCUUGCAUGUCUUAAUGAACGCUGGGUUAAUUGUGUUUAUUGUCCAUUUUGAGUCAGUAUAUUGUGCCUAUCAAACCUAAUGCACUGUACCAACUAACUACUAACAAGUAGCACCUAACUACUGCCUUCAGCUGUGCUGUGUUGGAUGCUCAAUAUUAAAAACUAACACAGUUGCUAAACAUUGUAAAU